UUCGCUGAAAGUAAAAAUGGAUGCCUAAAGUUUUUUUUUCUACUCCGUUAACAAAUUUCAUCUUGAUCUUAAUAAGGAAAUAGCAUUAAAAUGAGUGGAGCCCAUUCGAAAACCAUUGGCGGAGCCGGAUAUGGCAGCCACACAGCCGUGGUAAUGCCCAUACCUAGCAUUGAAGAGAAAAACAAGCAAGUGCAGCAGGAGACGAUGAUGGAGAAGCUACGAGCCAAAUACCGGAACAAGCCGAAAAGCUACGAGGACAUCAAAAAGUCGGUGCGCAUGUACUUCAUAGAGAAGCAUUAUCCAAUGGAUCCCCUCUGCAAAGCAGCGCUGCAGUCGGCACUGGACAAACUGCAGCACUAUAUCAAAGUAACAUCCCGGCACGGACUAGUAGAGCGUUUAGAGAGUCUGUCCCGCCAGCUGGGCCUAAAAUUCAUGGAGGAUCAGCAAAUGUUAUUCAUUUCCACGGACAUGUUCUACGUAGAGAUACUGUUGGAUGCCAGUGGUAAACUCAGUGAUGUCAAGGUACACCACGAGUGCAAAAUUGAGCAGCAAUCAAAUUCCAGCGCCAGUUCCCGAGAGCUGCUCAACUGCCUCAAGGCGGGCGACUUUGCCGACUUCACGGUGCAGCUUGAGGGCCUAUCCUCCAUUUACCAGCUAAACGCGGAGCCUAAAGUCAAAAAGAAGGCCUUCGUGGCUUUGCAGGCCAUGGAAACGGACAUUUUCAAUCUCUAUCAGCAGCAGCUACAGCAGCAGAUCAGUGGCAGCAGCGAUAGCUACUACAUUAUGAAUAAAUCCUCGGUGGGCUUAGUCCUGCAGCGACGCGGUGGACAUCCAAUGAAGCUGACCUACUUCUGUCCGCCUCUGCACCUCAUUGAGACGAAGACAAAAGGGGAAAAGGUGGCCGCUGCAACUGGAAGUGGAACUGCGAGCAGGGACUUUAGCAUUGAGCAGGUGAUGAAGAGUCCUAACGGACUAAGCGUGACUCUUAAUCUCGAGGCCUCCUCCGCGAACAAGCUGCAAAUCCUGCCGAUUCUAAGCUUCACUAGCGAGUCGGGGCUGCCACUAGAGCAACCCGGCUAUGCGCCGCUUACGCAGAACAACUCAAUGCUGAUGCCGGCUACCUAUGUUCUGCGCCUUAGCAAACCCAUGCCCGUUUGCGUUGAGUCUCUGCGUGCUUUGUCUCUGCCGGGCCUGUCGGGCCUUUCAAGCGAGGGAACGAUGACUGUCAUGAAUCUGAUCGUGCAAACGGCCUCCAGGCAGGUGAUAAAGGGCACCCAGAAAGGCUUGUAUGUUAAUUUGCCAAAGGAGACACACUGCUACUUCUUCACGGACAACCGCCGACUGAAGGGCACUCUGAUAUCGUCGCUGCCAUUCACGGAGCCUGCGCAGGUGCCUAAGAUAAUCGCGUUCCUUAAGAAACAGGCGCUCUUCUACACGCUUCUCUCCAGUUGCGUCAGGGAGCAGCAGAAGCAAUACAACGACAUGGAUAGCACUGUUAUUUUGGAGGUCACUGCUGUUUCGCUCAAUCAGAUCACUGUGGAACUGCAGCAUCCGUACGAGGAGUCGCUGGCCACUGUCGACUUUUUGCUUGAGGACGGCCAGGCGACCUGCACUAUUUACUGCCUCAGCAACGACUACGAAGCGCUCUCUCAGAAGCUGACCCGAACAGUGCGUCAGGUUCUCUCCAUACCGAUGGUUAUAUACAAGUUGCUUAAGUGCUGGGAUGAGGAGCAUCAGCAAAAGUUGCAUGGCGCUAUCGCCCCAGGAGCCGGCAGCGGGACAGCAGGUGGUUUCAGUAGCGCUGGUGGAGGCGGGAUUGGAGGUGGAGCGAUGCACGGAGCAAGCAACUUCGGACAGUUUGCCAUGGACACGGGUGCAGGCGAAGGCAGCAGUGGAGCUAGCGGCGGCUUCAAUAGUGUUAGCAAUCUCAAAAUAGACUCCAAGGUACGAUCCCUAGCAGAUGCAUUCGCUGCAUCAACAUCGGCGGCUGCGGCCAUUGCUGGACUUAUGAAUUUGAAGCGGGAAACGGACCCUCAAGCUGCCGAAGGCAGUAAUCCCAGCUCUGUGACAGCAUCCAAGGCUACCGACAAUGAGAUCGCCGACAAGUACAAGAACAUAUGGAAGGACAAGACGCCCAACCUGAAGCAUUGCGUCAGCAUCACGCCCAUUGCCGGCGAUGGCAAGUCCCCUCUACAGCAGCAGGUGGAUGUGCAGCGCACGGGAGGCAUUGAGAUCAUACCACUGAAUGCACCGGCCAGCGUGGGAGCCACGCCCAGCACAGAGUCCCCAGCCACCACAAUCACCAUAACGCCCAUCACUGGAGUUAGCAAAGAGGGGAGCAAGGAGGCGAAAAAGCAAGUAAUGAGUGGACCCGGAAGUGCCACUAAGCGGCCCCAUGAGAGCAGCUCCUCUUUGUCUGCCUCCUCGAACUCGAGCAACAGUAGCAACAGCAGCUCCUCCAGCGACACGCAGAAGGAAAAGAAGCGCAAGAAGAAGCGAGAUGACUCGCCCAUGGGCCCUCCCGAGAAGGUAUACUCACGCCAGAACUCGCCUGCGGGUGGUGGCAUGGCGGAUGCCACGGCAGGGAGCGGAGUUGUGCGCAAGUUCUCUUCGCCUUCAACUUCAUCUUCCGGAACUGGAGCUGUUUUGGCCCUUAUGUCCGGCCAGCCAUCGGCGCGCCCCAGUCCGAAGCACUCGCCUGUCUACAGCAGUCCCAAGCACAACAGCAACAGUAACACCGCCUCGAACAGCCCGAAGUCGCCUUUCGGAACUCUCUCGCCCAAACAUGGAUCCUCCGGGAAGCCGAGCAUGUCCACUCUGAAAAGUGCGACGGCGGCCACCAGCCUCAGCCUCAGUCCCAAGGCUGAAAAGUCAAAUACAGCAGGUGCCGGGGGUGGUUCCCUUUCUCUGGCAAGUGCUGGCUCCGCCUUAAGCUCGAGUGCUAAUCCUUCAAUGAUGCGGCCUGUGCCACCGCUGGCCAGCAGCAGCAGCCAGUUGCCCGCGGCCAUAAAAAAGGACAAGCAAAUCGCUAGCAGCUCACCAUCUGGUCCCCCACCGGGGGUCGCAGCUGCGGUAGCCGCACUCAAGAGCUCCCAGCAGCAGCAGCAACUGAAGUCAACCGUGGCUAGUCUAUCUCAUCUGGCUGCGGGUGGGAAUCUGAGCAGCUAUGUGGCUCCAGCCGUGGCCGCCUUGGAGCUGAAUGCACUGCGCAAGGGAAUGGCGGGAGCGGGAGUGGGACCGGGAUUGGGCGCAGCUGCGGGAGCGGUAGGUGCGGUAAGUCCGUUUUCAAUUUAUGAGUAGCUCUCGUUGUGUGCCCACCUCCGCCUCCAACUGCACCUCUAAUCCAAAGUUGAUUCCUUGUUUCUACUUUUGCAUAUAACAAAAAUUUUUACUAAAACGUUGAUUUGAAUGCGAAAUGUUAAAUGAAUUG